AUGAAUCCUGCAUGCAAGAUAGACCUGGCUGGUCGUGAGUGCCAGGACUGGAUGACGAAGGUGUGCGCCCACUGCAGCAGCCUGCUGCCGGAUGCGGAGGAGGCAGUCCUUUGGGACAGUUGGUGGCCGGACGAGCUGCCGUCGCCCUACAAGUCCCUGGUCAACUAUAUGUCCGCCUUCGACUGCCACAAGCUGAGGCGGGAGGUGGCGCGUCUGGUGGAAGAGCCGCUGUCGUCAACAGGCGACUCCGCUCAGUACUGCACGCCCACCAGAAUCUAUCGCUACGCUAUUGUGGCCAUGGUGGUGUGCGCUGUCCUUGCCCUGAUGAUGUGCAUAGUGUGGAUAGUAAUGGUCACCUUCCGACAUCGUCCAGUGCCACACCACGCUCUGCGUCCGCCGAAUGUCUGUCCUGCAGAUGUGGAGGCUGCGCAGUCCAAGAAGUCCUCAUCGGAAUCAGCAACACUGCGUAAGCCGGUGAAGCUCGCCUUUGCCGGGCAGUCCGGUUCCAGGACGCACCUUGGACUCCACAGAAAGAACAGUAGCAUCGAGGCGGGAUGCCUGUGCAAUCAGGAUAAUAUUUCAUUGUAUCCCGAGCCGGGAACGGCACAGAGCAGCGGUAGUCGCGAGCAGCUGUCUAGUCGAUACAACUAAUAAAGGAUGCGGAGCAGAAGUUCCCACAAGGAUAUUGGGUAGCGAAAGCGAGCGCCAGGAGGCAGCGCCGGAAAGCUGCAAAGCAUUUCAAGCUAGCGGAAAAAUAAAGGAUGAGAAACGUGGAAAAAGCGGGUAUAACCGAAAAAAAAUAACACCAACAAAUUCGAAAACUGUCGUAGCUGUGCUCAAUCGGGGAGAAGAUUUAUGAAAUGUGUUCCGUUCCGCCCCGAUUUGUCCCUUUUUGUUCCUUGAGUUUUGUUUUUGGUUUUUUGGGUUUAUUUCUUGUUUCGUUUUGCCUGUGUGCCGCCAACAAACAGUGGAGAGACAGAGAUACAGAGAGAGAGCGAGAGAAAGUCGAGCCAAAAGAGUGCAAGCGGCAAACAGACACAAAAACAAAUAAAUAUUCAACCAAAUGUACAGUGGAAUAAAAUAACAUAU